GCAUAUUCUGUGAAUUCGAUUGUUUGUCCAUACAUUUUGUGCAUCUUUUGUUGUUGAAGAAUUGCAAUUUAACUAUAUUUGACUAAGUACAAAAACAAUCGUGAAAUACAUUAUUUGUUUUGGAUUCUGUCAAACAGUAUAAAGAUUGGCAAACCUGGACGAUCAAUUUUCAUUGUCUCUUCAACUUGCACUUGAGAUUAAUUCAACGAAAAAACUAACACGAUGUACAAUAACAAGAGAAAAGGUGUAAAGUGUAGAAUUAAAGCAUGCUCGCGAAGCUACAGAAACGGCCCGCUUGUGCGACUGUUCAAAUUUCCCAGCAAUGACGCUCUUCGUCGCGAAUGGAUCGCGAGUUGUGGACUCCCACAGGAUAUUGAUACGCGCAAUGCGUAUCUUUGCGAUUUACAUUUUGAAAAAUUCUGUUUUUUCAAAAAGAAAAUAAGAUCAGAAGCAGUGCCAACCCUGCAUUUGCCAGAGCCUUCGAAGUCGAACAUAGACAUACCAAAAGCACCGGAUAAUAUGGUCGCAAGCCCGAUUCGUAGGCAAGCCGACCCGAUUGACAAUAUUCCGAUAUGCAGUCGCAUUGUGGACAACACAACAGAUGUGGAAUUAGAAGUAUGCCGUGCCUGCAUGACCAGCUCAGUGGCGCUCGUGGAUAUCUUCGCCGAUCAGAGGCAACCCAGUCUGGCAGAUAUGCUAAACGAGUGUGUCGCCUCGAUCAUCGUCCAACGAAAUGAUGAGCUGCCGCAGAAAAUAUGCCUCUCGUGCAUUUGUGAUCUACAAACGGCAUUUGAUUUCCAGCGCAGGUGUGAGCAAAGCCAUCAGAAGUUACGGGAAAUGGUUAAUAAACGUAAGAUGGAACCCGCAAUAAAUAUGGAAAUGGCAGACGAAGACAUGGACAUAGCUCGGCUCAGGAUGGAAAUAGACGAAUUGUUGCGCAGUGGGGAUAAAUUGCCAGAGGAUCAAAUGGAAUUCCUGCCUGAAAAUGAUAACAACGCAAAUGCACCCCUAAGUAUUUUCAGUUCUCGGGAUGUUAGUACUAUACCCGCCUAUAACUCCAAUCAAAGGCAGUCUAGCCUUCUGCUGGAUGGCACAAAUCCAAGCAACAGAGAGGUUAAUGUCCGGUCCGAGCUGCUUGAAGUAGAAAGCUGGGAACUGGCCGGCCGUUACAAUGAAAUAGGCUGCAGCAAAGAUGUAAAGGAUAAAGAGGAUAACAUUAAGGGGCAACAAACUCAACUAAGCUCAAAGAACUACGAAGAAUGCAACGCAGAGCGCAGUUCUCUUGCUGUUGACGAGCCUGGAAUAGAUACUAAAACUAAGCAAUUUAUAUGCCCACACUGCCAGAAAGAUUUUGUAAUUGAAUCCACCUUCAAACUUCAUAUUCUUACGCAUACGAACGAACUACCGCAUCAGUGUCCUCACUGCCCCAAAGCCUUUAAAUAUUCCGCGAAACUGCGCUCACACAUCUAUAUUCAUGGAGGUAAAACGGCCUUCAAGUGUCAUUACUGCAGAAGAUACUUUUUAGAGAAAGCCAAGUACGAUGAGCACACGCGUUAUCAUAUUGGGCGCCAGGCUUACAAAUGUCCACACUGUCUAAAAAUCUUUACUAAUUCUACGUAUUUUAAAAACCACCUUGCAGCCCAUUCUCGAAUAGAAACUAAGAAAAAACAAUUUAUAUGUGCACAUUGCCAAAAAGCCUUUAAAAUGGAAUCUUCCCUCAAACUUCACCUUCGUAAGCAUACGGGCGAACGACCGUAUCGUUGUCCUCACUGCCCCAAGGCCUUUAGACAGUUCAACGGUCUGCGCUUACACAUCUUUUCUCAUGGAGGUAAAACAGCCUUCCAGUGUCCUCACUGCAAAAAAUGCUUUUUAGAGAAGGCCCAUUACGAAGAACAUAGGCGGCAUCAUAUUGGGCGCCAGGCUUACAAAUGUCCACACUGUCCAAAAAUUAUGUCUCGUCCUUCAAGGUUAAAAAAGCACAUUAGAACUCAUACCGCCAAAAACAGUGAGGUAAUUGGCCAGUCUGAGCAAAACUCGAAGCUGACCGAGCAGGAGAAUGAAACAGGCUGCAGCAAAAUAGUAGAGGAUAAAGAAGAUGGCAUUAAGGACCUACAAACAGAACUAAGCUCAAAGAGCUACGAAGAAUGCAACGCAGAGGGCCUUGAAUUUACUGUUAAAAAGCAUCGAAUAUAUCCAACAAAAAACCUAUUUAAAUGCCCACACUGUACAAAAGCCUUUGUAUUUAAAUCUAGCCUCGAUAUGCACAUUCGUACGCAUACGGGCGAACGACCAUUUCAGUGUCCACAUUGUCCCAAAAAAUAUACACUGUUCGCGGGUCUGCGCGGACACAUCCUAAGUCAUGAAGGCAAAACUUCCUUUAAAUGUCCUCACUGCAGAAAAUACUUUGUAGAGAAAGCCAAGUACCAUGAACACACCCUAUAUCACAUUGGGCCCCAGGCCUACAAAUGUCCACACUGUCCAAAAAUCAGUACUCAUCCUACAAAGUUUCAAAUGCACAUUCGAACUCAUCUCCCAAAAGUCAAGUCCAAACAGCUUGAAGUAAAAAACUCGCAGCUGGCCGAGCAAGAUAAUAAAAUAGGCUGCAGCAAAGUAGCAAAGGAUAAAAAAAGAUAACAUUAAGCAGCAACAAGCAGAGCGAAGCUUAAAGAGCUACUAAGAAUGAAGAAUUGAUAUGCCCACAUUGCCAAAAGGCCCUUAAGAGAAAAUUUAGCCUCACCCUGCCUCAAAGAGUUUUAAACAGUUCAUGAAUCAUUUGCACAACCAUAU